CAGCAGGUUGGCUCAUUGGCAGCUGGGAUCCAGUUCGUUUCGGUCGUGUUUACAUUUCAUACAGCAUGAACUCAUCGCUGAUAUAAAUGUGACGUUAUUGUCGUAUACGUCUUGCUGUGUACUGUAGAUCUUAGGUAACGUUAGCUACCUACCUGGAAUUUGGCUCUGUGGUGACGAGCGAGUUUAAUUCAGCGCGAUUCCAUGUUUAUCAAACGUAAUGACGGCUAACUAGCUAUCGUGCUCAACCCAGAUGAUGAGUCCAGUCAAUUAUGAUUUCCAGGACAUCAGGCCAGUUACACUACACCUUCCAGAAGAGACGGUCACCUCCUUGUACUGUGUCACUGCUAAGGGGCUGGAGGCCCAAGUGGCUUCCUUAGUCGAAGCCUUCCUGGUUGAAGUCUACCGCUGCAGAGUGUGUCAGUUCACCAGUGGCCUAAAAGGCAGUAUCCAAACACACGUACUGGAGAGGCACGAUUUAGGAGCCUCCUCCUGCCCUGGUCUUCCCUGUCUUGAGAAGGACAAUGGCCUUGAGGGAGGGGUGGGAGUUGACAGAGAAGACGAUGAUGACGAUGAACUGGACCAAAAUGGCUCCCCAGGCUACAACCUGGAGGAUGACCUCCAUUCUGUCUCAAAGGAUGCUGAUGAUGACCAGAUGGAUCAUAUGGGCUUGGAGCGCAUGUCCUUCCUGCUGCCCAUGUACGGCAUGCUGCCCAAUAUCAGUCCCCGGUCAUGUGACAUGGCCCUGAGUUCCAACUCGGACGGGAGCCUCCACGUUGCACAGACCUGUGAGGUGAGCACUUUGUUUGAGGAGGACGAGAGACAUGGUGAGGAGGACGAAGAGGAGAGCGUGUUCCGAUUGGAUGCUGCCGACUCCGUCAACCUGUCGUGUCCAAUGGGCUCGGUGGUGAAAAACGAGGCCAAGGAUGAUGAAAUGGCCCAGUCAGCUCACCUCAUGACCCUGGGCCUCUGUCGCAUCUCCACAGCCAACAAGGGCCUCUCAGGUCGAGCGGUUACCCAGCUUCCCUCAACUCCCAUCGGGCAAGAGGGUUUGGAGUCAGACACCUCCCUGGAUGACAAGAUGGAUGACAAAAUGCCCCAGUCCCAGGGAAAGCAGUCCCCUCCUCCUCAUGGCUCCAAGCAGCGGAGGUCACUGUUCUGUGUCCUCUGCCGCGCCACCCUGACCUCUAGACACUUGCUUGAGGUCCACCUUAAAUGCCACAACGGGGACAGGGGCUUCAAGUGCCUUCAGUGCGGCUGGACGUCGGCCGGGUGGGGGGAGAUGGAGCGCCACUGGAGGGCCCACGGGAAGAGGUUGCGGCGAGGGAAAAAAGAGAAAGAGAGGGGGAUAAGGCGCCAUGGUUGCCAGGUUUGUCUCCGGAAGUUCCGGAGUGUUAAGUCCCGGGAUGCACAUGAGCGGCGUCACCACAGUCAACGGCGGAGUGAAUGCUUCACGUGCCAACACUGUGACUACAGUGAUAAGUCGUGGGACAAGCUGCACAAACACAUUCUCUCAGAGCACAAAGCCUUUGGGGACAGACUGACAAACCCGGAUGGACUGAGCACCCAUGUUGUGUGUGCUUUGAGGAAGUUCACCCACGAAAGUAAUUACCCACAAGAUCUGCAAGGAGUGGAGCCAGACAAGUGGAAUAAGUGGAUGCCGAAGCAGAGGGGAAGAAAGGACGGAGAGGAGCGCAGAGAGGGCAGAGAGGAGUGCAGAGAGGAGCGCAGAGAAGAGGGCAGAGAGGAGGGCAGAGAGGAGCGCAGAGACCAAGGGCAUAAAGCGGAGGAAUCGGUGAGGAAGAAAGGCAGGAAAGAGUUCUGCUGUGCCCUCUGCAACAGGAAGUUCUCCACCAAGCUGACCAUGCGUCGCCACAUGGGCAUCCACCAGGGGGACAAGCCCUUUGAGUGUCCCCAUUGCCACUACAGCACCCGGCUCAAGGCCUCACUGGUACAGCACCUCCGUGUUCAUACAGGUGAGAAGCCCUUCAAAUGCCUUCAGUGUCCCUACGCCUCCAUCGACAGCAGCUCCCUGCGCCGACACUCCCGCACGCACACACAGGAGAGGCCCUACUGCUGCCAGUACUGUCCCUACAGCAGCAUCCAGAAAAAGAGCUUAGAUCUCCACGCACGACGCCACCACACAGGCGAGUCUUUCCCCUGCCACCUCUGUCCGUACGCUACACCGGACCGCCAGCUGCUGCUGCGCCAUGUGCGCAAGCACCACUCUUCUGAACCAUCCCACGUAUUGGGACCAAGGACACCCAAACGUCCCAAAUCCUCUGUGUCUGCAGGAAGGGUCCAGUAAUCCUGACAAAUAACCUCUCUGGGUCAUGUUCAGUAGUCACCAAACGAAAGAAAACUGACUGAUUGAGAGGGACUACCUGGACUUUCUUUUCCAUUGUGUGGCCUAAUGGAACAUGACCCUGGUCUUGAAUGAAAAUGUGUCUUUAAUCAUAUUAAACAAGUACAUUUAUUUUACUACA